ACGCAAAAGCACAAAAUCGCACGCUCGCAACCAGGCAAAGCAGAGCUGAGCAUCUAGAAUCUACGUAUACAAGUGUACUUCCAUGUCGUCGGCCUAUCGCUGAAGAAUGCUCGUAUCCUCUGCAUCUGCUUGAACCUUGUGAAAACCUCAACUCGUCUGUUGCUUGUCGCUCAAAUGGGCCGCUCAGCAGUCUUCGUCAUGGGCCCUGCCGGCUCUGGCAAAACCACAUUCUGUGCUGCUCUCAUGACGCACAUCAAAGAGAUUGGACGUCGUGCCUUCUUGGUCAACCUCGACCCAGCAGCUGAAGAGUUUGCUUGGGAGCCAACGGUCGACAUUCGCGAUCUCAUCUCCCUCACUGAGGUCAUGGAAGAAAUGGACUACGGCCCAAAUGGAGGUCUAGUUUAUUGCUUCGAGUUUCUCAUGGACAAUCUCGACUGGUUUGAGGAAGAGAUUGGCGACUUUGAGGACGACUAUCUCAUCAUCGACAUGCCUGGCCAAAUUGAGCUGUACACGCAUAUUCCAAUCCUGCCAGCGCUUGCAAAACACUUGCAAGCACACAUGGGCUUCAAACUAUGUGCUACGUAUCUUCUCGAGUCACCUUUCAUUAUCGACAAGCCCAAGUUCUUCGCCGGUGUCAUGAGUGCGAUGAGUGCAAUGGUCAUGCUCGAGGUACCUCACAUCAAUAUUCUCAGUAAGAUGGAUCUCAUCAAGAACGAGAUUACUCGCGGCGAAUUGAAGCGAUUUUUGGAUCCGGACCCACUGAUGCUUGUCAACGAGGCGAACAGCAAGACAAAUCCACGCUUUCAUGAUCUCAAUUCUGCCAUUGUUCAAUUGAUUGAUGACUUCAAUAUGGUGUCAUUCCUGCAGCUAGAAGCUCGCAGUGAAGAAUCAGUCGCAACGAUCUUGAGCUAUAUCGAUGACUGCACGCAGUGGGCGGAGGAUCAGGAACCCCAAAUGAAGGAAGAUCAGGAAGUCAAUGAGAUGGAAGAUGCGUAUGGCGAUGACUAAAACUUAGUGACAUGCCUCUUCCCAAAUCAUGUCGAGCUAUCUAAUGGUCUGUGAUUAAGAUUUCCGGAAGUUUGCCCCUCGUCAUGCUUUCCAUUCUCGUAAAGGGGGUUCCGUCUCGAACGACACGAACAUUCAAUUGUAUCCGCCUCAGGAAUUGUGGCUUCAGUACUUCAAUCAGGCAGAGCAUUGUUCGGGAUCACUCUGCUCGACUGUGCACACAACAUCAAUUCGCUCGAAUAAGAUUGGCAAUUGUCUCUGGCGAUGGAAUAACAGGCAAGGUUGCUAAAUGAUUUCAGCAUGUAGCCAAAGCUAUAGAUGCACCGUACGAAUGCGAUAUAUGAUGGUCGUCAGGUAGCACUCAUAUGCCAGAAGGAUGUAUACAUGGACACUCGAGCU